CUUUAUUUCUUGUUAUUUGGUACUUUCCUUCAACCAAAACAAAAAAUGCGUCUGUCAAUAAUUGCAUUUGCCGUUGCUACUGUUUUGUCGGUAGCAAAUGCUAAGAAGCAAAUUACAUAUAAUGUUGUUUCUCUUGAGGGUGGUCAACAAGAUAUGAGUGUUAUUGUCGACAAUGUAUCAUAUCCUCUCGUUCCUUCUGCAGAGGUUCCUAUUCUCUAUACUGGAUCCGCGCCAGUUGCAUCCCAUGGCUACAAGUAUGCUAUUGGCACAGGAAGAAACAGCAUGAAGGCCGAGUCUUUCACUCGCAAGAAGACCAAUGAAACUACUCCAAACGAGACCUUUGGCCGCUCAUGGAAUACUCGAAAAGUUAAGACAGUCAAACCUAUCUUCCCUCCACUCCAAGCUAUAGACCGUCUCGACUCUCCUUUGCACAUUGACGGCGAGAUCCCUACAGUAUAUCUCUCCGGAAUCCAAAGCGAGUUAGACAACAUGCACAUCAAUGCCAUGCAGGAUAUCACUAUCCCAAUAAACUUUACGUAUAUCAGCCCUCGCGAUGUUCAAGUGUUCCCUGAUAUCGAAUUUGAGCUAUCCGGACGUAGCUCGCGUUGGUUACCAAAGGUCUCCUAUAAUCUGAAGUUGAAGAAGAAGAGCAAGAACCACUUGUACAGCUACAGACGUCUUAAGUUGCGCUCUAUAGCAAACGAUGACUCCUAUCUUCGUGAAAGAAUUGGCUAUGAUAUUAUUGGCUCCGUUGGUCUGGCUACAACCAAGUACUCUUAUGUCAGAGUCGUCCUUAAUGAUAAGCCUCUUGGAUUAUUUGGUUUCAUCGAAGCUUUCCAGAACCCUUGGCUCCUAAACGAAUUUGCUAAUGGAGACGAGGACUAUGAAAAUGGACCCCUUUACCAAGGAAAAUACCUCACAGCUGAGUCUAUGAUGGCCGGUGUAAGCUCGGAUCUUUCGUAUUAUGGAAAUAAUAUUACCAAAUAUGAGCUUGGUCAAUACGAUCUCAAGGAAGAUCCUGCAAAGGGCGAGCCUUCCUUCCAGCCCUUGAUGGACUUUACAAAAUUUGUGUAUGACGCACCUACCAACACCUCUGAUGCUGUAGAGGUGUGGCAAAAGACCUUUGACACAGACAGUUUCCUCCGCAGUAUGGCACUUGAGAUCUUGAUGGGUUAUUCGGAUGGUUACAUCACCAUGACAAACAACUUCUACAUCUAUUAUGAGACCAAGUCUUCCCGCUUUAUUUACAUGCCAUCCGAUAUUGACAUGACCCUGGGUUCCAGCUUCUUCAAGAUCUCUGAUGUCGCAAGUGGAAACUACUCUACCUACCCUUCGUUCUAUAAGCGCCCAUUGUUGAACAAGAUUUUGGAAGUUCCUGGAUUCAAGACCCAGUUUGAAGACCUGAUUUUCGAUAUUACCAAGAAGCUAUUCAAUCUCAAGAAACUUGGGCCACGUAUUGACGAUCAGGCUGAGAUGAUUGCCGAGGAUGUUGCAUGGGAUAAGAUCUGUCCUCGUGCUGGUAGAAAUCUUAUAUCUGACGGUUCUGCCGACGAGAGUCUUAAUGCUAUGGGACCCGCUGGAGUUGAUAUGCCUACUGCAAAGGACUAUUACGCAAGAAUUGGACAGCCUGUUCCAUUUAAGGUUGCUAUCGAUGGUCCUACUGGACAUCUCUCCUUACCUGGUCUUAAAGAGUACAUCAAGCUUCAGAGCGAUAACACAUUGAAGUUCUUCAAGAACAGAAAAUAGUUUUUUUUUCUCUCUCUCUUUUUCUUCUUCCUAUUUAAUUUAUUUACCUAUUCUUCAUUUACCUUUGUUGCCUUUUUGCUUUCAAUAUAGAUCUAUAGGAAUACUACCAAACAACCAUCAUAAUAAAUCAUCACUAACAGCACAUG